AUGAUUCAGAAACUCGUGUCCCGUCUCCCAUCUCCUCCUUACCGGGAUGGGUUUCACAGUAAAUCCUGGUUUGUGCUCUCCCUGCUCACCCCUAGCAGAGCCAAAGGAUCCAGGCCCAAGCUUCUCCACUUUGUGCGGGGAUCAGCCGAGCGUACCGACCUCCGGGACCUGCCGCCGUGGGACACACCGGGUCCUCUCCCUCGGUCUCCAGGACCCCCGCUGCGAAGGACGAAGAGCGCAGGUGGCUCCGCACGGGCACUGGGAGGAGCGGGAUGGGGGUCCCAGCAGCGGGGAGCCCUGCCGGGACAACAGGCUGCCGGUGCGCCGGGGGUGCCCUUGGCCCUGCCUGCGGAGCUCGCCGCUCGUACCCGAGCAUGGACAGGCUCCCCGAGGGCUGCUGGCGGGGCCCUGUCGUCUGGUCCGCUCUUCCAUGUGGCUCAGAGCGGCCCGGCUCAGGGCGCUACUUGUGCCUCUGUCCCGCAGCCCCACCGCUCGCCGCAGCCUCGGCAUUUCCCGACCCCGGCGCGGGGGAGCCCGCAGGUGGGUGCCUGUUCCCCGCUGCGCCGGGUCCCUCACCGGCAGAUGGUGCUGCUGGAGCCCCAUCCCCGGGGCUGCGGGGCCCCGAAGGGCCGCACUGGGCCCUGCUCAGCCCAGCCACUUCCAGCCCUGCCGGUAAAGGCAGCGACAUCUGAGCCCUGCGUGCUGCUUGGUCUGGGUGAAGGUGGAGCCGAGGUGGGCAAGGGCAGCGGCGGAGGCGGAGGGCUCAGGUAUGGCGCGUUAUAUGUCCCUGAGCUCACCGGCUACCGGUGUGUGGGACGCGGCGCUUGCCCGGAAAGCAGCUGCUGGCGGGGCAAGAUGCCUGCUUCCCGUGUAGAUUCCUUGAGGUAG